AUGGAGGAGAAGACGAGGAGGAUGCCUUCGCUCGCCAUCUGGGUCUUCGCUGUUCUGGCGAUCCUCGGCCCGGCCACCUCCGUCGACGACAAGUGCUCUGCUUGCGAGGCCGUUGCGGUAUCGCCGUGUUCGUUUUCUGUUUCCUUCUGCAUUUCUCCUUUCCUCUCCAUUUUUUUUCUUCUUCUUUUUGUUCUAAGGCUUUUACGUAAGGGAUUCCCGUUUCUUUUCCUCAGAAGUCGAUGGGCCGGUGGGUUUUGUUCAUGCUCACAUCGUCUCACUCUUCAUGCUCACAUUCUUUCUUUUUCUCCUAUUUUUGGUUAUAAUUUCCCAUUUUUCAUCCGACAAUAAAGUCAACUCAGUUUUUCAUAUCGUUGCUGUAUAAAUUAAAAUGUCUCAUCAUGGCCUUUCUUUUUGGAAAACAUUGAGGACGUGAUGAAUUCAUAAAUGACUGCGUAUCAUAGCAUUUCUGGUUGCUUUUUUUUUUUUUCUUGGGAAAGUAUCAGAGAUCUCACCAACAUGCUGAAUGUUUCUUGCAGGCUGAGAUAGAACGUGGGCUGGCCAGUGUAAGACUUCUGCCUGCCAUUACCUUUAUUUCCUACCUCUCUUCCGCCUCUUGCUUGUUCUCGAAUGAUUUGUACACGAUUAUUUGCCAUCCGCAAAUAUCCUCCAAGGCGUUGACUUCCUGGGACCUGUGUUACUGUGUUCAUAUUCUAUCUACUUAUGGGUAUGCACCCAUUCAUGUGGAACGUUGUGUCACAGAUUUUUCUUGGUAUACUUAUUCAGGGCCCGGAUUUUUGCCGCAUUUCUCCCCCCCUAUAAUUAUCUUGUCUAGCCUUUAAAGACGAACUUACAUGUAUGAAAUAUGUUGGUUAUUAUUUCCGCUCAGAACUCUUAGAACAGGUAUCUAAAUGUUUCAAUUUCUGUAUUACAGAGAUCGGUGAUGAAAUCCAUUGUUUUUGAUUUGCAGUUGAUGCGAUCAUUUGGUUUUCGCUACGAUUCUACAUAAAUGAUUUAUUUUGCCUCACAAACACCAGUGAUGAGUAAUAUAUUUUGGAAAAAGAAAAAUCUUUUCUUUUUCCCAUCUCUUUUUUUUUUUUGAUAUGCUGAAGAAUAGUCUCUUGCAUGAUCUCCAGGAGAGACCACGUAACCAUUUGGAUAUGCGACACCGAUUAGAUUCGAGAGGUCAGAGGGAAGGGAAAGUUAUCGACUACAAGUGAGUGAAUCCAUCUGGCUUUCUAUCCGGAACCCAUUGAGUUUAUCAAAUAACAAGCAAAAUCCCCCAACGUUCUUUUUCUGUUUGCUUUUGUUUCAUUUCACUGAAUACCCGUUCUCAGUGUUUGAUCAUCUCCUCUGACUAGGAUAAGUGAGCUGAGGGUUGUUGACCUCUUAGACGGUCUCUGUGAGAAAAUGCAAGACUACACUCUGAAAAAAGUAAGAUUUCUUGUUAUGAAAAAUUCCAUCGAAUAACUCCCUCAUUAUUUAUCGUAUUUUUAAAAUGGGAUGAUAAUUUCUGCAAGAAUAAUUGCGUUUAGUUUCAUGAGAAUGGCACGGCGGAAUAUUUUGACAUGAUUUUUUUUUGUAGAGUUGUGUCUUGUUUCAUUUCUGAAUUCACCUUCUUGGUUCUGUUCAACUGAUGUGCUCUUGUGGGCACAGUGGUUAGUAGCCUGUUCUUGCUGCCUGAUGCAUGAUAUCUUCUUGUAGUCUGAUUCUGUCAAACAAGAAUGGAUCAGGGUCAAAGAUUGGGACGCUUUUGGAGCUGGUAUGACCACUUAGCUCUGUUUUUUUGUUUUUUAUUCUUUUUGUGGAUACACAGUAAUUUUUUUUCUCUAGAUGAUAAAAAAAAUAUAUAUUUUUAGGUGAUUUACUACUUUUAGUGAAGGAACAAGAACCCACAGUGCCCAUGACUGAUGCUUACUUAUUUUUAUUCUCGCCAUAAUGCCCUGAGCACUGCUGAAAAAUAUGAGUAAUCACCACCAACCUUAAAAGUCUCAGUUGGGAGGCCUGGAGUGGGAGGGUUUUGGUGAUUAUUACGGUUAUACUAGGGUCUUUUUUGAAACUUUUCGACCUUCUUCUUAAUCACAAAGUACUAUGAAUAGACUUCCGCAAUGUAUGGGGAUACUCCAUCCGGACUGAGCCAGGGAGUUGAAAAUAUCUCAUUUUCCAUCUUUCCUGUUUCUUCCGGGUAUAGAAUGUCAUCCUGAGACAUCCAGACAUGGUAGCUCAAUCAACGUGUUCCUCUCUUUUUAUUUAUUUAUUUAAGCAUUAUGUGCAAUUUAUUAAGGCUGUUUCAAGGACUCUGAACCUGAGUGUGCUGCAUUGUAGACAAGCCGGAAGCACGAGCGCAUUCAAAGAUUAUUUCUUCUUACUGCGGGAGGUGGGUUCCCUGAAAACUUUAUGCUUCUUCUGCAUGAAACUGUGCUGUAUUCUGCUAAUUUUUCUUAGCCCAAUGUUCUUGAUAAUUUCAUGAGAACCCCGUUUCGGAGGUGACCAUAUAUUUUGGCUUAUAACUUGAUAAUUCAUGAAGCUGGCUUAUCUUUGAAUUGAUUGCUUCAUUCGUGAUUAAUUCCGUUGUUAAUUCCCAGAUUAUAGUUGAUACAUCAGGUUUAUCUCGUAUUUUCUGUUGGGGUCUAUGAGAGCAUCUUUCUCCAUAAACUUAUAUGCCAUGUUAUAUGUCUGUAUAAUAUAAAUCGACAGGAAAUUAUUUCCAAAAUCAAUAACCUCUUCAGAUUAAUCAAAGCCUAUAGCAGUCCAUAUUUGUUUUUUUCCAUUUCUCCUUUUUUUUUUUCUUCAGAUAAUGCAAGCUUUCUCCAUGCAUUACCUUGAACUAGCACAUUCUGGUCACUGCUCUGAGAGUUUUCAUCUUUGCAAGAUCAUCUUUGUUCAAAAAAUAAAAUAAAUAAAUAAACCUGAUGACAAGGUUCAUCCCCCAGGAGACGCCUAUCCCCCUGCUUGCUUGUGGCCUCAAGAUCUUAACUGAUUCUCUUAAAAUCUGAAAUUUCUUGUGAAUCCUGGCUUACUUACUAGCCUUGUUCGUUUGGAAAUGCCCAGGUUGAUCGACGAAACCGAAGAUGAAGUAAGUGCACUUGUUCCCUCCGCUAACUCUACAAAUAUGGUAACAUUUCAAGAAUGCGAGCUUGAGUUUUGGCAGAGUAAGGAUUCACAACUAGGACGGAGUUACUGAUUAGUAGUAAAAAGAGGGGAAAAAAAAUGGUUUCUGGACGUUAAAUGAAGAAGAUCCGGCUUGCCCACCUUCAAUCUAUAUGAGAAGAGGCCAUGAAGCCUUCAACGGUGUGACCUUGGAGGAGGAGCGUCGUUGUUCUGACAGAAGCUUCGGUCGCCCUUUUCAGCUGGCAGAGAAGAUAAAGAAGGGCUCCGUCAGGGCGGGAGAAGUGAGCAGGGUUUUAUGUCAAGAGCUGAGCAAGCACUGCGGCCCCGCAAGGUAACCGAAAUCUAAGAAACCCAUUCAAGUGAGGCCACUACGAUUAUGGAAAGACCCACCGAUAGAGUAAAAAAUUUCCUCUGAUUACCGAAUGCACCACCUAAAUAUCUGCAGAGAUCCACGAAUAUAUGCACAUAAUAUCACUUUGGGUAGUCAUGGGGUUACUGAUGAGACGUGCACCUUCCCUUCUCUUGAUGCAGAGACCACUCUCCAAACUUGGAAGAUGAGGGAGAUAGAGACCUGUGA